CUGGUGCGCGCUAUACGAUGUACAAGGAGGAGGCCAUUUGAUUGGCCUAUGCGGGAGGCCUAAUCCUCCUGGCAUCGGAUUAAGCAGGGCAGGCCCGCCUCGAAGCAACAGGCUGACACGUCACUUUACUCGCCACGCCCACAAGGAUACUGCUCCACUGCACAUAUGAGGUGAAAGUUUCCUUGAAUGUUGCUGACUAAACUUUCCUGGAUUUUUGUGGCAAGCGCGCCGACUAAUUCAGCAGAGAAAGACGACACACGGGGAUAAACAAGUUGGACCGACUUUCCCGUGCGCAAUACAGACAUGUCUCUGGCUGACCAAAGUCAGCAAUGGUUUCCGACGAGCGUACAGGUAACGGUACUCCAGGCGAAGAACCUGCGGAUCAAAGGCAAGAAUGGCACCAACGACGCGUACGCCAUCAUGCAGGUGGCCAAGGACAGGUUCUCCACGUCGGUGGCCGAGAAAUGCGUCGCGCCGAUGUGGAAAGAGGAGGCCACGUUCGACCUGCCGCUCUUUCACCAGAGUAACAAGGAGCGCUGUACCUUGUACGUCCAGGUCAUGCACAGGGCUCUGGUCGGAAUAGACAAGCUGCUCGGCCAGGCAGUGGUCAGUCUGCUUGAGCUGGAGCAAAACAAGGGCCGCAAUAAAACAGAAUGGUUCAAGCUGCUGGACAAGAGUGGCAAGCCAGACAAGGACCGUGGCGAGGUGCUGCUGGACAUCCAGUUCAUGAAGAACAACAUGACGGCCAGCAUGUUCGACCUGUCGGGACCGGAGAAGAGCCGCUCCCGCAUGGGCAAGCUGAAGGACAAGCUUCGGGGCAAGAAGAAGGAAGGGUUGUCCGACUCUGCAUCCGCGGUGGUGCCCUCUUUCACCCAGGUGGUGACAGACAGCGAGGGCGAGGGUGACGCGGACUCCAUCACCGGGUCCAUCACCUCCUCCACACCCAAGAAGAAGAAGAACAAGCUGAAGUCUCUGUUUGGGCACAAGUCCUCCAGCCUGCAGCGCGGCAUAUCCCAGUCCAUGUCCACGCUGGGGCCGCUUCCCGAGAGGGACUCCGCACUAGGCUCCAGCCGCUCCUCGGGCCUCAACGUCGAGUCUCCAGAAGUCAAAAAGAAGUUCAAGUUCCUGACCCACAAGCGCACGGGCAGCUCGGACAGCAAGUCCUCCCUGGGCUCUGGGGUCUUCUCCGGGAUGGGGAUGGGGCUGGGCCAUGGGAAGCAGCAUCAGCAGCAGCAGCAGCAGCAGGCUGGUGGUGCCGGUGGGACCCUGCCCAGCAACAUGUGCAUCAACGGCAGCCACGUGUACGCCGAGGAGGCCGAGCGGAAGCCCUCCCGAGCCAGCUCCACGUUCAGCCUGAGCAGCUCCGGACACGGGUCCAUGGAGGAGCUGCGCAGGACCAGCUCCGGCCAGAGUGGCAUCGCCUCCGUGGAGUCGUUCAGGUCACAUCUGCAGGCCGAGGAGGAGGAGGACGAGGAGGAAGAAGAGCUGGAGAAGGUGAUGAGGAAGAGCAGAGAGGAGGAAGAGGAGGAGCGUCUGGAAAAAGAGAGGGAGGAACGGGACAGGAGGAUGGCGCUGGAAGAGAGGGCCAGAAUGGAGAGAGAGGUGGAAGAGGAGAGGAGGAGGAAGGAGGAAGAGGAGAGAAGGAGAUUUGAAGAGGAGGAGGAGAGGAUUAGGAAAGAGGAGGAGGCAGAAAAAGAAAUGGAAAGGCUGAGAGAGGAAGAGAGGAAGCAAGCUGAGAAGGAACGAGAGAGACAAGAGCAGGAGAGAAGAAGACUAGAGGAAGAAGAGAGGAUGAGGCGGGAGGAGGAAGAGAGGGAGAGGGAAGAAGAGAGGCAGAGAAUUAAGGAGCACAGAAGAAAAGAAGAAGAGAGGAAGAGAAAGGAAGAGGAGGACGAAAGAGCCAGGCGUGAAGAAGAGAGGAGGAGAGAGGAGGAAGUACGCAAAAGAAUUGAACUAGAAGAAAGAGCUAAAAGAGAGGAGGAAAGGAGGAGAGAGGAAGACAAAAUGAGAGCAGAGGACGAAGACAGGGCUAGAAGAGCGGAGGAGAGAAGGAGAGCUGAAGAGGAGGAAAAGAUUCAAAGAGAAGAAGAGAGGAGGCGAGAAGAAGAAAGAAGGAUGUUUGAGGAGGAAGAAAGGACUAAAAAAGCUGAAGAGGAAGAAAGGAUUAGGAAAGAAGAGGAGAGAAAGAGAAUCGAAGAUGAGGAGAGGCUUAUGAGAGAGGAAGAGAGGAAAAGAGACGAGGAGAUGAGGAGAGCAGAGGAGGAAGAAAGGGUUAGGAAAGAAGAGGAAAAAAGGAGGGUUGAAGAGGAAGAAAAGACUAAAAGAGAAGAGGAGAGAAGGAGUGCUGAUGAAGAAGAAAAGCUCAGGAGACAAGAGGAGGAGAGAAGGAGGGUUGAGGAGGAAGAAAUAACUAGGAGAGAGGAGGAGAGAAGAAGAGCUGAGGAAGAAGAAAGGCUCAGAAGGGAGGAGGAGAGAAGAAGAGAAGAAGAGCGAAGGAGAGUUAAGGAGGAGGAGGAACAGGAAAGAAUCAGAAGAGAUGAGCAGAGGAGAACUGAGGAGGAGGAAAGAGAGAAGGAAGAGGCCAGAAGAUUUGAGGAGGAAGAAAAAAGAAUUCUGGAGCAGGAAAGAGAGAGGGUUCGGGGCGGAGGAGAGGAAAGAGAAACUGAAAGGCAAACGAUGGAGGAAACUAUGAAGAAAGAUGGAGGAGAGUCUGAAGAAGAAGAAGAAGAAGAGGGGGAGGAGGAGGAGAAUAGGGAAGAGGAAAGAAUCCGUGAGGAGAAGUUGAGGAAGGAGAGCGAGGAGAGAAAAAGAGCUGAGGAGGAGGAGGAGGAGAGAAGAAGGCUAGAACUAGAUGAACAGAUGAGGAGGGAAAGAGAAGAAAUGGAGAGAGCAGAGAAAGAGGAGAAGAGAAGACAGGAGGAGGAGAGGAUGAGAAUAGAGGAGGAGAAGAAGCGUGAGGAGAUGAGGAAAGAAGAGGAAAGGAAAAGGGCUGAGGAAGAGGAAGAGCGGUCCGGACAUGAACGCGAGAGGCAGAAAGAGGAGGAGACAUUGAGAGCGCAAGAGGAAGAGAGGAGAAGGAAGGCCGAGGAGGAAAGACGAAGGGAUGAUGAGGAGAGGGCUAGCAAGAGAAAGGAGGAUGAACUGAGGAGGGCGGAGGAAAGGCGCAGAGAUGAAGAGGAGAGGGCCAGGAUGAGGAUGGAGGACGAACUGAGGAGGGAAGAGGAACGAAAAACGAGAGAAGAAGAAAGAAAGGUGGCUGAAAGACAGGAGCGCAUGAAACGGGAAGAGGACGAGAGGAGGAGGAGGAGAGAGGAGGAACAGCAGAGGGGAGCGGGAGAGCAACAACAAGGCCGCAGGCUGCUGCGUGCGCAGGUGGCAUCUCCUGUGGCAUCGAACCCCUUUGAGGACCACCCCAUCUCCACCCCGCUGCAGGAAGAGGGCUGCGCCACCAAUCCCUUCGAGGAGUCCUCGGCCAAUCCCUUUGAGGAUUCCACUGACCCGUCCAAUCCCUUCGAGGAGGAGGGUUAUCAUCUUGACCAAUCCAAUAACUCCACCAAAGUGUCCACGGUCAGGCCAAGUUCGACUAGCGUAAGCAUUUCCCCUGCGGUCCCCUCGAACCCGUUUUUGACCUCUGACGAUGAAGAGGAGGAGGAGGAUGAUGAACCCGAGCAUGUGGCCAGUGUCACUAGUGAGGGUGUGGAAAACCUCCCAGGCACGGAAAUCCUUGCUGAUCGCGCUGAGAAGAAACGUCGCGCUCCGUCUCCUCCAAAGAAGACUCACGACCAUGAAGAUGCUGCAACAUUUGCUGCAUCUCGUUCACAGACCACCGGGGAACAACAACAACAACAACAACAACGAUCACCACCCCAAUCACCAACGAGAGGAAAGGAGGUCCAAAAAGCACCAGACUUGGCCACCCAGUCUCGCCGCCCAGCACCCCAGCCGCAGCUUCCCCCGAAGCAGACGGAGAAGGAGAAGGAGACUGGGACGACGAGGAGCUCCUCACCACCACCAUCCUCACCAUCCCGACUCGGGUCCGAGACUGCUACUUCAGAUAGCCAAUCAGAGACGAGUGCAAUGCCAGCCUCUCUGACCCGCUCCUCCUCCUCAGCCUCACAGGUGUUCCGGAGUGCUCUGCAGACUUACGGCAUCUCCUUGAAAGGGGGCAAGAAGAGCGACAAGGCCAAAGGUCAAAUGGCAAAGGUAGAAGGUUCUGGGGGUUUGAAGAACUCUGCGGGAAGUAGCAGCAGCAGCAGCAAACAAGUCGUGUCUUCCGCCAACGUCCAGACGAGUGCACCCACCAAUCCAUUCUUGGAGCCACACAAGUACAACAAAGGUCCAGCUCCCCAGCCAAAGGUGUCUAAGGACGCUAAGAAGACUGACCAGGAAGGCCCCGAACCGCCAAAGAAGAUUGUAAACAACCCUGAAGUAUCUCAGUGUCCCAAACUCCCUGGUGUGGAUUCUUCCAAAGAAGGCGACGUACCAAAUGAGAAGAGGACCAUUGCACCAGAUUCCACUGAAGAGAUUCAGUGUGAUGGCUCAGCAGCAGUUACAGAGUCUGUCCGUGUCACCACAGAUGUCCAUGAGCCUCUUGUCCAGGACGCCACCUCAAACAAAGAGUGCCCAGAGAGCUCCAAACGUAUGUCGGAGAAGAAAGUGCGCGCGCCCUUGCCACCACCACCAGCCAAAACGUCCAAAAUUCCAAUUCCAGCUAAUCCUGAUGUCACCUCGAUAGUUGGGAAGGCGACCCCAGAACAUGUCAACCUGACCAAGAACGUGAAGAGCCUUCAGGAGACCACUGCACCACCACCACCUGUCAAGUCCUCUAAAACACCAGAGAAGGACAAGGGUGUCUCCUCGACUUCCUCCUCUAAUGCACCAGCUCAAAAUGCGUUGUCGUUGGGGCACAGGGUUCAUCUCCCUUCCCGCGUAUCCGCUCCCUGUGGUGUCACCACAGCAAACGGACAUCUGGACAAUGCUGACAAAGCCGCCGAAACCACUUCAACGUCACGCAGCAGGCCACAUGCAGUGAAGCCUCUAAAUGCCCAGGAGUCGCCUACGGCCCCCGGCACCCACACCAGCAAGCAGUCGCCUACAGCCCCCAGCACCCAGACCAGGCAGAAACCGGCUCCCAGCACCCAGACCAAUCAGAAACCGGCUCCCAGCGGCAUGGUAGAGAGCGCACGCACCCGAGCACCUGCCACAAAGGGCCCGUAUUCCCAGUUGACUCAGGAGGAGCUGGUGGGCCUGGUGCUUCGUCAGCAGGAGCAGCUGGUGCAGCGCAGUUCCAAGAUCAGCCAGCUGGAGGAGUACAUCGACAACCUGGUGCUGCGCGUCAUGGAGGAGCAGCCGGCCAUCCUAAUGGCCCUCAAGGCACCUGGCAGGGACACCUGAGGGGACGACACACACACACUUAGAGAGACAUGCAGACACACACACACACACACACACACACACACACACACACACACACCUGCAUGGCCCUCGAGGGCACCUGAACAAAGAGCAAACACUUGCAGAGAAAAACUUAGAGACAGUCACACACUGUACACACACUGCUCACACACAAAUCGACAGUCACACAUUAUACACACACUGCUGAUACACAAAUAGACAGACAGACAGACAGACACAAACGUGCGCAUAUACACACAAAAUAGCCCUUAUGGACCCCAAGAAAGGCGCCUGAAAAAGCCCACAAUUAUGUACAUCACAGACAUGUACAGUACACACACACACACACACACACACACACACACACACACACACACACACACACACACACACACACACACACACACACACACACACAGUUUCUCCAACACAGACAGAAACACUCACCACACCUGCUGCUGGUGCAAUGGGAAUCCAUUGAAGUAUCUUCCUCUUACUUUGUGGCCAAAUAUGACGUGCACACAGGUUACACACACACACACACACACACACACACACACACACACACACACACACACACACACACACACACACACACACACACACACGAAUGUAGUGUUUUCAUGUCAAUUAGCUGGUCCUCUUUGGCGCCCCCUCAGAGGGCAAUGAAUAAAUACAUAAAACGAGCAGACGCGAACAAGCCUGAAUACUAUGUCAAUGUCAAUGGCUUCCAAAGUCACACUGGUAAUGCUAGCUAGAGUACUUUUGAGAAGGCACACACAACAUGACACAUGACAUCUUCUUAGCUGUGGCUGAAGUCUGCCCAAACUAUAUCCACCACCAGGGGUGAAUUUCUCGAAACCAAAGUUGCUUACUACAGUACAUUAGCUACUUCGUUGCUUUCAAUGCAUUUUCCCAUUGGCAACUACCGAAGUUGCUAACAGGCUAACAACUUCCCUUUUGAGAAACUCACCCCAGGCUUGUCACUGUUUGGAGGUCACUGUAUAAACCUGCCUCCUUUUUAGUAGUAACCUAAAGAGUCCCAUUCAGACCUCCCACACAGUAAAUUUGGCAGUGUUAAUUUAACACUUAGAGAGUGAGAUCAACACUGUGGGUGUUAUAUUUUACUCUGUGAGUGUUGACUUAAUACCAAAACAUCUGCUGUGCACUCCCAUUUGGUCCUUGCAAGGUCCAGCUAGAAACCCCUUGUAAAUCUCAUGGAAGACGUAUGGUAUGCACACAGAAUGGAAAAUAAAAAUGGCUGUAGAUAGAGUAGACUGAUGGUCUUUCUUGAAUGCACAAAUGGUAUGCAGGAGGGGGGUCCAAGUGCGGACUCUUUACAUGCACCGGACGGCCGCCGAGAAGCUGGUCCCAGUACUGCACAAUGUGACUGAUUGUUCUCUUUUCUUGUCCCAUGUUGUUGUUGUUGUCUUCUUUCUUUCUUGUCUUUUUUUUCUAUUUGACGGGUUCUGAAUGAUGUCGGUUUACAGCUGCCUACAAACACUAUAGCUGAGUGUCAACAGCCAGCGAAGGCCAUAUGCAAUACAUAUUGUAUGUCUUGCUUUAAUCAAUAUGUAUCCCUAGUCCGUUGAUUUUUUUUUCUCAUGUCUAUCUCUAGUCAAUGGAACAGUAGAAUAUUUUUCAUUCAUAGAGUUCUUGUGUGUGCCUUUCAUGAAUGUUUUGUUUGUUCAUCAGGCUGAUUCCUUGACUUGUUCUAAAAUGAAGGCUUGCACAAGAAACUUUUAGACGGUGAAGGCUGCCCUUGAGCUGAAGGGCGAGCUGGAGUUCUGUUGUAGCACUUGAAAUGUCUUAUGAAAUGCACUUUUUGAAAUCUUUCACCAGCCUUUCUCUGGCUGCUGUUUUUUUUGUCAUUGUAUAUUGCUACCGAAGGAUUGUGUUUCUAUUCAUUAAAAUCAAAGAACACUGUUACUGUAUGUUGUUGAAUGUUGUGAGAAAUGCAAAAAAAUAAAGGAAUAAAAAUAAUGUAUCCAUCCUUUA